AUGAAGACGUCUGCAAUAUAUCCGUGCAUUGCUUUCUUUGCUGCGUCAAUCAUUCGCUUGAUUGUCAUAGCCAGUUUACAAAACGGAGAUAACAGGAUCAAGGGCUCCAAAAAGUAUGAGAUGCAUCGAUCAGUUCCACAAUCCACGUUAACAAUUCCACCAGUAAUCAUUCCCGGUCUGAACGUUACUUGUGUACCGAUGAGUCACGAAAACCAGGAAAAUUACGACGAUUACGGGGGUGAUCAAGACAACAAGUACGAUCAACAGUAUGAAGAACAAGGUCGAGGAGACGAUUAUGGAGGCUUUGGGCGUGGCGGAUCUUCGAGUGGUAGGGGAAGAGGUUUUGGCGGCCCUCCAGGUGGAUAUGGUUCAGGAGCACCUCCUCAAUAUGGCAUGAGAGGCCGUGGUGGUCCGGGAAUGGCUCCUCCAGGAUUCGCAGGUAGAGGCAGAGGAUUCGCUCCACCAGGUAUGGGUGCUGGCUUUGCCCCGCGCGGACGUGGUAUGCCGCCGGGUCGCGGAGGGUUUGCUCCUCCAUAUAGAGGUGCGUACGGCGGUGCUGCAGUAGGUUACAACUACAACGGCGGACCCGGUGCUUAUCAAGCUCCGCCACAAGCCCCAAACCCACAGGACCAGGAAGAACGAUUGAAAAGGCUUGCCGGUUGUGAAGAUGGACAAGAAUUAUGGGUCGAGACGGAGACAGCCGAGGGAAAAAAAUAUUUUUAUCAUCCGGUAAACAGGAAUACGAUCUGGGAGCGUCCUCAAAAUUCUAAAAUUGUCAGUCAGCCAGAAUUAGCACAGUUAAUUAACCGAUCUACUGAAGAGGAAAAGAGUCGUGAAGAGCGAAUGCAUGGUCACCCUCAAAGUCCAGAUGAUGCUUGGACGGAGUUCAAUGCACCAGAUGGCCGAAAGUACUACUACAACUCGAUCACUCAUGAGAACACGUGGGAGAAACCUAGAGCCCUUGCUGAUAAGGACAAUGGAUCAAAGUCACCAGAGCCGGUUCAAUCGGCUGCAAUUGCUGAGGCGCAGGCAAAAGCCCAAGCUGCUCUGGCGGCCUUCAUGGCUCAGCAAAAGAACUCAUCCAAUGGUGGUGGCGGUAUGCCUUUGUCAAAGGCACAAGCAUCUGGAGCAGCGGCUGCAGCGGCGGUUAACGCAGAAGCUGCAAAGAAAAAAGAUUCAACCCGUCCAGUCAGUAGCACCCCAGUUAGUGGCACUCCGUGGUGUGUCGUUUGGACUGGAGAUAGCAAAGUGUUCUUCUACAACCCAUCAACUAAGACUUCUGUCUGGGAGCGACCUCCGGAUACAUACGGGCGUGAAGACGUAGACAAACUCGUCCAAAACCCUCCAACUCCAAAGGCAGAAGACGAUGCUCAAUCUAAAAAAGCCAGUGACACAGAGUCGGACUCUGACGAAGAUGGACCACCAAAAGCUAAGAAGAGUCGUGCGGAGAAAAAGAAAGAAGCAUUGCUUGCAGCUCAGAAAAAAGAAAAGGAACGGCCACGUCAAAUGCUACAAAAGCCAGUGGAUCCUGCAAUCGAAGCAGAAAUGCUUGCCGCAAAAGAACGAGAGAAAGUUCCACUGGAAGAAAGACUGAAACAGUUCAAGGAGAUGCUGGAAGAGAAAGGAGUAUCCACUGGAAGCACUUUCGAGAAAGAGCUGUCGAAAAUUGUGUUUGACAAGCGAUACUUGUCUUUGGGAGCUACAGAGCGUCGAGCAUGUUUCGAUGCUUUCUGUAGAGAAAAGGUCGAAGCUGAAAGAGCAGAGAAAAAGAAGAAAGCUAAGGAAGCUAAAGAGGAGUUCCAAAAACUACUUGCAGAAGCUGAACUGAAUGGACGAUCGACAUUCACAUCGUUCUCUUCCAAAUUCGGAAAAGAUCCUCGUUUCAAAGCUAUUGACAGAACUCGUGAUCGUGAAGAUGCUUUCAACGAUUUUGUUGGAGAGUUGCAUAAGAAAGAGAAAGAAGAAAAACGGGCUAAGAAGGAAAAACUGAAAGCUGCUUUCGUCAAACUUCUUGAAGAACAGACGAGUUUGACUCGUAAGUCGAAGUGGUCGGUUGUAAAGAAAACGUUAGAAGAGGAGGAACGGUAUAUUGCACUAGACAGUAGCUCUACAAGAGAAUCACUGUUCCGCGAUUACGUUGCUAACUUGGGUGACGAGACCGCAUCUGAUAUUGAAGAAGAGCAAGAACGUGAGAAACGUCUAGCUGCUCAAGCUGCUAUUGCAAAUCGCCAGAAAGAAGUUGAAGCGGAACUGGGAGAUCAACUGAGAGAGCGAACCAAAGAAAGUGAAAAACACAAGCUUGCAGAGAAUGAGGAGACAUAUCGUACCCUUCUCAGCGAUCUAAUCAAAACAACUGAGCACAGCUGGCAUGAAUCAAGAAGAAUUCUUCGCAAAGAUGAUCGCUAUGCCAACUGUGACAUGCUUGACAAAACACGUAAAGAGUCAUUGUUCGAUGAGCAUAUGAAGAGUUUGGAAAGAAAACGCCGUGAAGCAUUUUUCCAAGUUCUUGAUAAUCAUGAGAAGAUCACACCGAUGAUGCGUUGGCGUGAUGCUAAAAGAAUCAUCCAAGAUGAAGAAGAUACAUUUGUGAAAGUUGCCAGCAACUCGGAAAGAAAAGUGGAAAGAGAUUUCCGUGAUUGGCAAGAAAGAAGACAUGAUCAACUCACCGAUGAGUUCAAGGAAAUGUUAGCUGAAACAAAGAUUAUCACGCAUAAAAGCAAGAAACUGAUGGAAGAAGGUGAACAACAUAUGAAAGAUAUUCUGGCUGUGCUUGAACACGAUAAGCGAUGGGUGCGAAUGACUCAAAUGAGUGCUUCUGAACGUGAUCGUAUGCUGGAAGAUCACAUCGAUAAUCUUGCUCGCAAAGGAACACCUCCUCCACCAACUCAACAAGAGCGCGAUCGUCGGAAGUUGUAA